AUGAAGAGCAUCCUAAUCGUCCUUGCUGCCACAUUGGCAUCAAGCGCUAUUGCUCUGCCCAUAGCUGAGCCACAGCCGGAAGCACAACCAGAAGCACAGCCAGAGCCAGCACCACAACAGAAUUACGGACAAUACGGCAAGUAUGGAAACUACGGCACCUACGCUCCUCAGACCUAUGCCAACUACGGUAAAUAUGGCCAAAAGCGUGAGCCCGAAGCUGAGCCAGAGCCACAGUCAACGACGCCUCAGAGCUACAGUAACUAUGGACAAUAUGGCAAGUAUGGUACAUAUGGCAAAUACGCUGCGCCAAGCUAUGCCACCUAUGGCAAGUACGCUGCCACGAAGCGUGACGCAGAAGCCGAGGCGGACGCCGAUAUCGAUGCUCUGCUCGAUAUAGCUCUCGCCAUCAAGCAGAAGCGAGCCGACCCUAUUACAUAUGCCUCAUACGGAACUUACACUCCUCCGAAGGGCGGUUAUGGGAAAUAUGGACCCAACAUGAAGAACUUUGCUAUUCUGACCGUGGCCACGCUGGCCUCUGUCGCUCUUGCGGCACCAGUCGCGGAGCCUGUAGCGGCCGCUGUUGGGGACUAUGGUGGAUACGGAGAUUACGGCACCUAUCCAAGCGACUAUGCCAAUUACGAGCAGUACAAACGCGACUCCAAGGCAGAUCCAGAUGUCAGCAGCGAUGCAUCGCUUGAUGCCGCGUCCGCGAUCCCAGAGAAGCGUCAAGGCGGGUAUGCAAGCUAUGGCACGUAUGCUCCGCCGUCGGGUGGGUAUCAAACCUACGGGAAGUAA